ACAGGAACUGCAUGAUUUGAGCUCCGAGAUCGCGUUGUCCGAACUCAAUAUAUGCGUUCAUGCUAGAAACAAAUCUGUGUGGCACCCUGCUUGCUGUAUAACAGAUCGUAGGAAGCGGAAACCCACAGACGCAAAAAGAUCCCUACUUUGUGUUUGUUUGUUUGUCUUUAGUGUUCAAAGAGAAGCCAGCCAGCACCAUGGAAUCACCUGCAAGAAUCAUACCCAACCCCCACCUGUUGCAGAGUGACGAUCUACUCAAGCACAUAAUGGAGACAACGGUGUACCCAAGAGAGCCACAGGUCCUCAAGGAGCUCAGGGAUGCUACUGCCAAAGACCCCCGUUCACCAAUGGGUGCUGAUCCACACGCUUCACAGUUGAUGAGUAUGCUACUGAGGAUGGUGAAUCCAAAGCGAACCAUUGAGAUCGGCGUCUACACUGGCUACUCCCUCCUCACCACUGCCCUUUCUACUCCUCCCGAUGCCAAGAUCACUGCAAUCGAUCCAGAGCGUGCAUCGUACGAAAUCGGGCUGCCGUUCAUAGUCAAAGCAGGAAUUGAACAGAAGAUCGACUUCAUCCAAUCUCAAGCUCUCCCCGUUCUCGAUGACCUCCUGCUCCUGCAGAAAGAAGAAGGGAGCUUUGAUUUUGCGUUUGUGGAUGCGGACAAGCAGAACUACGGCAACUACCACGAGCGGCUGAUGAAGCUGGUGAAGAUCGACGGCGUGAUCGUCUACGACAACACCCUCUGGGGCGGCACCGUGGCAAAGCCCGACGGAGAAGUUCCUGGCUGCAAGAGAGAGGGGAAGGUGUUGGCAGCUGAGUUCAACCGGAGGAUCGCCGCCGAUAACCGCGUCGAAAUCUGCCUGCUUCCGUUGGGCGAUGGCAUUACCAUCUGCCGCCGCAUCUCCUGAAUAAAUAUUAUUACUCAUAGCCCCCAAUGCCUCUUCUUGUUUUUAUCCAUCUGUAUUGGAACACUUUCUAUCUGCUUUCCGCAUGCAACUCUCCGCGCCAAGAGUAAAGGAAAAUGAUGAACAAUAACCACACAAGCAUCAGUGUUACACUGUUACUUCAUAAAGUAACAGCUUUCUUACUAGGGUGUUCAAACGGUUUGGUUACCAUGGUAACCGUUUUAACCGGUACUAUUUGGAUAAUUUGGUUUGGUUAAUAAGGAUAAUUGGUUUGG